GCUCUGAAAUGUUCCGUAAUCAUUCGCGUAUUAGGUAGGGGAUCCGAUAAACAACGUUCUUUCACGAAAGGAACAAAGACACACGCGGUCGUCGGAGAAAUACAGUUCUCUGCGAAUAUUCGACACGCGAGUUACUUACUAAAAGAUAAAAAGGUGCAGCAUGUACGCGCUGCCAUUGCUCUCGUUGUUGUUCCAAGUCUGUUAUGGAUUCACCGGGCGUGGAUUCUUUUAUCCCGGUAGAACAGACCUCUUCGAGCUGUCAAUAAUUCAUUUGAAUGAUUUUCACGCCAGAUUCGAACAAACGGGCCCAACUUCUGGGACUUGCCGCGAAGGCCACGAGCAAGACUGCGUGGGAGGUAUUGCCAGAGUUUACACGGCAGUCGAUCAACUUGUUAAGGAACGGCCGAAUGCAAUUUUUCUGAAUGCCGGCGAUCAUUUUCAGGGGACUCUCUGGUACAAUAUUCAUCGCUGGAAUGUCACCGCCUUGUUCAUGAACAUGUUGCCUCAUGAUGUCAUGACGAUUGGCAACCAUGAAUUCGAUAAUAAGGUCGAAGGCCUUGUUCCCUUUCUUAAAAAUGUCAAGGCACCAGUUGUGGUAACGAAUAUCGAUGACAGCGAGGAGCCAACUAUACAGAAUUUAUACAGAAACAGCUCAAUCAUUGAUAGAAAUGGUACCAAGAUUGGCGUUAUUGGCGUCAUCCUGUCAACUACGAAUCUACUCGCGGAUACGGGGAAAUUAAAGUUCUUGGACGAAGUGGAAACGGUCAACGACGAAGCCCAGCGAUUGAAAGAAAAGGGAGUGGACAUUAUUAUAGUAUUAAGCCACUGUGGAUUGGAUGUAGACAGAAUUAUGGCCGUGAAAUGUCCCUUGAUCGAUGUGAUCGUCGGCGGCCACUCGCACACGUUCCUUUAUACAGGACCUCCGCCUUUUAUCGAUACACCGGUGGACGAAUAUCCUGUAGUCGUGACGCAAAAUGAGACAAACAGAACGGUUCUCAUCGUACAAGCAGCUGCUUUUACAAAAUACUUGGGUAAUUUGACGGUAUGGUUCGAUGACCAAGGCGAGGUCGUUGACUGGGAUGGAAACCCCCUCCUUUUAGACCAGUCUAUCGAAGAAAAUUCAGAAAUCCUCGAAGCUCUAAAACCGUGGAAGAAGGAAGUGGACGCAGAAGCGUCGAAAAAGAUUGGCAGCACAAAAGUUUUACUCAGUCACAGCUGUUAUGCUAAGGAAUGCAACAUGGGAAAUCUUAUAACCGACGCUAUGGUAGACGCGUUUGUCGAUAACGCCGAAUAUAAAACUCAUUGGACGUAUGCAGCGGUGGCUUGCAUGAAUCCAGGAGGAAUUCGCACUUCCAUCGAGGAGUCCGAAAUCACUUAUGGCGAUCUGAUGAUGGUCCAGCCUUUCGAAAACAAUUGGGAUAUUCUUGAACUGAGUGGAGAAUCCAUUAAAAAAGUUCUGGAAAUGAAAGAAAUCCUAGCUUGGUCCGGAUUAAAAAUUACUUACAAAGAGGUCAACAAAAAGCGAACUGUGGUCGAUGUUAAAAUCAGGUGCCAGGCUUGCGAAUAUCCGGUAUACGAGGAUUUGAUGCACGAUCAAUGGUACAGACUGGUUGUGUCAAGUUUCAUGAUCUCCGGCGGAGACGGCUAUUACAUUUUCAAGAAUAAUAGUCGUAAUCACCAAAUCGGCGGGCGCGAUAUGGAUUAUCUUAUACCCUAUGUGAAGAAAAUGAGCCCAAUAUUGAUGGGAAUCGAGAGGCGAAUAACUUUUGUAGAGACUUAAAAAUCGUCUUGAGAUUAUAUUUUGCGAUAGUACAAUUGCGUUUGGAAAGAUUGCAUUUAGUAAUAAAAUAUUCCGUUUAGAAAAGA